AUGAAUUUGAUGUUUCGGAAAAACAUGCGCGAAGGUGGAGGGCGCACCGGUGGCGGAGGAGCCAAAAGCAAGAUGAGCGGCCGUCACCAGCGGAAGGCGCGUGAAAGCAUGGGUGGUGCCGGCGCGGACGAGUAUCACUUUCGGACGCACAUUUUCUUCUCUCCAGCACAUCUCAAGAUGGACAACGAAGAACUUCGCUGCACACCCAUUUCGGGUUUUCAGUUUCCCCCACAAACACCACCUGUGAACAUAGCCACCACAACCAUCAUCACCGCCACCACCGGCACCACCUCCACCGAUGGUGCAGUGGAAGCAGCACCCCUGCUACAGCCCCUGGUAGACCGUAGACCCUCCGCGGCUAUGAUGCGCAGCUGGGGCGGCUCUCCGGGCCGGAGAGUCGAUCACGCCGCGGCCACUACUGCCAGGCAAGUAAGCUUCGGCGGUCAACCUGGAUCCGGCGGCUUCGUUAGUUCCCGUAGCGAACCAAUUUCGCUGGCAACGCUAGACAAGGACUGCUUCAUCAUACCGGUGCACAGUUUGGACCGGUUUCUACCCGCCGGAAUUCCCCUGCCUACGCCGGAAACGACGGAUGCAUCUCAGGCUGGACCGCUGAGCGUGCUCGAGGUUUCCGAUCCGAAAAUUUGCAUUCUGGCGCACUUGAUGAGCCCACUGGAACCGAUCGAUCCCCUACUGGAAUCACCACUAGCGCAUCCACUAACAAAGCAACGGGCCGUUGCAUCCGAGCUGCUGAACGAGAUACAGCAGGGCAACAGUGCGGUUAGCGGAAUGCUGCUUGCCAACAUGGAGCGAAGUUCGGCCGAAUUUCCCUUCAUCGCCUACUAUGUGAUAAACACCACCCAGACUGAUCCUACGUUGUUCUACACCGGAGUUCGGGGAGCCUCCCUGUCCAAGUUCGAACCGAAGAACACGCGAUACACGGCUGCCCACACCCUCGAUCUGUACAGCGAGGUGGCAUCCAUCUGCCGGCCUCCGCUGGCGCUGGCCCCAAACGAAAUCGGCAGCGUCAAGAAAGGCCAAACUCCCUCGACCGGCUACAUUAUCAGUGUGUAUAAGGUCUACGAAGGCGACGAUGGCGAGCGGUUCGAGCGAAAUUGGCUCUACUGGACCGGUGCCAGGAUGAUUUACAGAUAUCUGCCAAAAACGGCUGGCCUCCGGCGAAUUACCCUCCACAAAAGCGUCUCCUCACGUGGUGACAAGAUGUAUCUGCUAGUAUGCGAGUGUGCCGAUCUGCUGAAGGACCUGUCGGCGGCGGCACUGCUGAUACCGGCGCUCAGGGCGAGACUUUGCGGCUACACCGGUCUCUAUCGGCCGAUUCAGACCUUCUAG